ACGACGGCCGUGUUGUCUAUAUUCAGAGCGCCAUUAACAUCAGUAUUUAUUUCUCAAGUUAAAUUGAAUAAUAAUGGGGAAGAAAACGAAUGCAGAUUCAAAUCUUGUUCGCAAAGGAUUAACUCGAGUGAAAAGAGAGGAGUUAAAGAAAUUAGUGGAUGAACUUUUGCAGAAAUGCUCGUAUUCGGUUUCAUCGCCAUCGAAAGAUUGGGAAAUUUAUUCGGAAUCCUGGAAUCUUCUAGAAAAGAUACGUGAAAUUGAGAGAAGUUUGGAUAGGUUGAGAAUUAGCAGAAAUGAGAGUUUGCCAUCGUUUGUGGAAUGGAUGACAAAACAUGAUGUGAAGAUGGGUCCUGUGGAACUAGCCGAACUGCCACUUUAUGGAUGCUGCGUCAAAGCCAAAAAGCACAUAAAAUCUGGUGAAUUAUUAUUCUCCAUCCCUCAAGAAUUGAUGUUGACAACGGAGACUGCCACAAAAUCCAGCAUAGGGCAUUUCAUCAAUAAUGAUCCUAUUCUCAGCCAAAUGCCGAAUGUUGCCCUCGCUUUUCACGUAUUAAAUGAGCUGUACAACCCAAAAUCUUUUUGGAAACCUUAUCUUGAUGCACUACCUAGUUCGUACGACACAGUUAUGUACUUCAGCCCAGAUGAAAUUACUGAGCUGAAAGGAUCUCCUGCCUUUGAUGAUGCCCUCAAGAUGUGCCGCAACAUAGCCCGUCAGUAUUCUUACUUUUAUUCCUUACUUCAGAAAAGUGUGGAUCCGGCUCUGUCUAAUCUUCGAGCGAACUUCACGUACAACGACUACCGAUGGGCUGUUUCGACGGUGAUGACCAGACAAAACCUGAUACCUUCUCAAGAAGAAAUCGUGGAAGGCGAUGGCAAAGAAAAGCAGCUGGUGCCACUCGUCAACGCUUUGAUUCCAUUGUGGGACUUUUGCAAUCACCAAGAUGGACAGUUUUCGACGGAUUUUGAUCCCGAGAGCCGGAGAACAGUGUGCCAAGCAGGACGCGAUUUCGGGGCUGGAGAGCAGGUCUUUAUAUUUUAUGGAACAAGGACUUGUGCGGAGCAGCUCAUCCAUAACGGCUUUGUAGAUACCAAUAAUAGCCAUGACGCAUUAACCCUCAAAAUCGGCCUCAGCAAAAGUGACCCACUAGCUGGUCAGAGGGCAGCGCUCUUGUGUAAACUUCACAUUCUGUCGGACGAGAAGAUUUCAGGUCCGAUAGCGUUCCAGUUAAAAGCUGGACCGCAACCUGUAGACGGACAACUGCUGGCGUUCUUACGGCUAUUUUGCAUGACGAAAGAUUCACUCGAUCGGUGGAUUCAGUCGGAUAACACGUCAAAUUUGAUGCAUGAGGAAUGUGGCAUCGAAACCGAAGUGGAAGACAAGUCGUGGUCUUUCUUGAAAGCGCGAUGCCAACUUUUACUCCAGCUCUAUCCGACCACCAAAGAAGCGGAUUUAAAGAUGCUGGAAGAGGAUUUGAGCCCACAUCGGCGAAUGUGCGUCCUCCUACGUCUGGCCGAGAAACGCAUCCUGCUCUCGGCUAUCGAAUGUGCUGGCCAGAGAAUCAAAAAGUGAGCAAAUAUUUUUAUCAAACUUUUUUUAUUGCUAAAAAAAACGAGAGGAAAAAAAAUGCAAUUUCUACCAGCUGCUUUGUGAUCCGAUUAACAGUUUUUUUGUGUGUGUCAAUUUCAUCCGCCUUAAUCAUAAUAAAAAACAUCAUUUGCCUUCAAGUAAAGUAAUGACU